AUGAACGAACCAUUGCCUUCUAGUAUCAUCAAGCCCAAGACAAAAAGCAUUAUUUGGCGGUCAUUGCUACCAAACAUACGAUGUAUGCAAGUGCCGCUCACAGAGGUUACUUCAGUGUUAGACUUGUACACUUUUGACAUUAUGUCAUUAGGAGGUGGAAAGUUAGGUGAUGGUUAUAAAAUUUUGCCAGAGGACUACACGUAUAAGGGUCGGAUAAGAGAAGAGGAUGUCAAAGCUAUUACGCUUAUAAAUGAGAGCGCCAAGCAAUAUUCUCGUUCAAAGAAUACGUACAUAGAAUACAUUGGAUGUUCUACUCAGAAUGGUUGUCACAAGGAUAAGUGCAACUGGAAAGGCCGUAUCGUGGUUCUCCUAAACAAGCCACUCAAUCUUUGUAAUAUUGAAUGCUCUGGUGAUCAUGAUUCUGACCACAUUCAGCAAAAACCACAUCGAAUGGCAACAUCAGUUAGAAAAACAAUCUCAAGCAGAGCCACAAAUACAACUCCCUCUGUAAUGGCAACAGAAUUUAUGAACAAUGCGAAGAUUCUUAGUAUAAACUCUAGCAUUCCUGCCAAUCAUGUUCAACCAACUUCUACUCGAUUUGCGCCCAAUCUCGAGGCCAUUCAAAAUGUCCUCAAGUAUGACAAAAAAUUGCAUUAUUCAAGUGCACUAGAGUUUGAAAAGGUUUGUUCUAUAAUGGAUACUUAUGAGAAAGAACACGUUGUUAUAUCAAAACAAUAUGGCAUUAAAGAUGCUGACAAUUCAAAAGAUCAAGCUGUGCUUCUUGGUAUUGCAUCAACUAUAAUGCUGGAGCUGUUGUUCAAAUAUUCAGAUUUUUUGGUUGUGGACUCUACUAGUCGUCGCAAUGGUCUAAACUUUCCAAAUACUGCUUUUAUGAUUAGAUUAGAUGAACCUCAUGGUCAGAUUGUAGCAACAUUCAUAAGCGAUAAAGAAACCAUACCAGUUGUCAGUCUGAUGUUUGAACAACUGAUGCAAUUAAGGAAUGAAGAAUUUGAUCAACGGAAAACUGUUUUGCUAGACGUGAAAACAUUUCAGGCUGCCACUGGGAUUAUUUCAUUAGCUACAACAGAGACUAUUAUAUCUUAUUUUUGGAUAUACUGGUUUGACGAUUGGAUUGAUUAUAAAUGGGAUAGUUGUCCUAUGAAAACAAACAUGUUACUAGAAAGUUAUUUUAAAAAGGACAUGAUAUUACACUAUCGAGAAAGGAACACCAAAUCUCUACAUUCUAAUCUUGAAAAGAUCAGUACAUCGAUGCAUGUAGAUGCUGGAGAGAUGGAAAGGAGAAGGCAAGCCUCCGACAAAGUCAGAUCUACAACGAAAAUAAAUGAACAGGGAGAAUUGUUGUAUAAAAAAAAUCUUGUGCAAGAAAUUGAUCAGGACACUUGGCAUGUUAUCUGGUUUACUACCGCUGACUUGAAAGAUGAUGUUGUAAAUAAAGAAAAUAAAUCAGAGUCCAAUGAAAACAACGAAAAACAGUUGUGUAUUACGCAUAAAAAUGGAAAAUUUGCGUGUUCAUGCAGUUUCAAUGUAAUCAGUGAUCAUGAAUGUCAAGAUAUUGUAGCCAUUCAUUUAUUUAUUGGAAAAUUCAAAUUACGAAAUAAGAAUGAUAAACCUGUGGCUAAACUAGCUGCCUACAGCUCUCUUGAGUCUUAUCUCUGCCAAAAGGAUGCCAAUGGUCGUGCUCAGAAUGAGCUCAAGCUGCCUCAAAAAAAGGGACCGAAAAAUAAGCGAAAAAACAGGUUAAUACCCAGGAAAUUUAUUCAACUCCAAGACACAGUUUUGAGCAAGCCUUACCAUAAGAUUCAGAUCACUGAGAUUAUUGGAGAUAGUAAGAUUAUUGCAAAUAUUACCUUAGAAAGUGAUGAUAUAGAACAACGCACAAUUCAGUUAGCUGACAUAGCCGGAUACAUUGAUGAACCGUUAAAAAAAAAAUAA